AUGACUGAUAGUACUGAUAUAUUCGACCGUGCUCUAGCCAGCGCAAUAGCCCUUGCGAAUCAUCAAGAUACACAUAAUACAUCCUAUAAGCUGGAAUCCAAUCCUUCAUGGGAAAGGAAGAAAGAUAUAUUGUCGGUGUCGAAUAGCUCUCUUGAGCAGAUCCCAUGGUAUCGAUACGAAUAUCAAGAUUCUGCGCCAGGUAGUUCUACAAAAUACCUUCUGUCAAUCUUAGGACCGAGAUACGAUCCUGAUCUUCAUUCUGAUCCGGAUCCGCAAAAUUCCGAUCCAUACGAUCUUCCUGUACGAUGUGACCUCGUGAUCAGUAGCGAUAAAUCUGAUGGAAGUAUUAGAAGUAUGAUGGGGUUCUGGUUUCCCCAAAAAGAUUACAAGGCUUCGGAAUAUACGUAUAAAUAUGAGGGCGAAUGUUUUAAAGGUCUUCAGAGAGACAGGAAGCAAUGGUGCUUGUUUGAUCUAGUCAAUGCCACCAUUCCACUAACCUGGGAUCGCGAACUUCCCUCCGAUUCCGAAGCGAUUCAUCUAGUUCUGAUGGCGACGAAUCCUGCCGAGCAGGGAAAAGGUCACGGAAGGAGGUUGUUGGAUAUUCUCAAAUCUGUGUCGGAUGGCACCCACACUCCCGUCAAAUUAACGGCCAGUACGGAUGACUCGGCUAGGUUCUAUCAUGCUUCAAAUUUUGUGGAACACAAGCGAACAACACUUCGGGCGGGGGAUCAAGGGGAUAGUGAAUUAGUUUCAAUGACUUAUACUCCCGGCAGUCUGGCCACAUUACACUAA